AUGUCUGAAAAACUCAUUUCUGAAGAACUCAAGAAAAUAAUCCCUUUUCAUUACGAACUGGACAGGGAUAAACUUGAAAUAACGCGUGUUGAUGGUGUCCCUGUUACUAUUAAAGACUUCGAAGAACUCGCGACAAUACUCCCUUCCUCUUAUCAACUCGACCUAGCUGACGACAAAAUUGUAAUAAUGCCCGUUGGCGCUCAAACUGGUCGUGUUACCGCAUGGUGUCGGAACAAUCCUAGACUUGUUGGACUAGUCGGAAGUAGCCAGACAUGUUAUAACUUGCCUCUACCAAAUCCUACUGUUAGGGGUCCAGAUGCUUCCGUUGUUCUCGCAACAAGGUUUCUCAUUAUAUGUAUAAAUUAUAUAAGUGCGUUUCCCUCAGUUGCCCCAAAUUUUGUUGCGGAGAUACGUUCAGAUAACGAUUCUGAGGAAUAUUUUCACCGAAAAAUGUUAGAUUAUAUGAAUGCAGAUGUUGAAGAAGGUAUCUUAAUUGAUCCUAUCGAUCAAAUUUUGACGUGUUAUCGAAUUAAUGGAAAUAAUAUUGACUGGAGUACUCGAAAUAAUCCGCGUUCUUUUAGUUCUCGAAUUCUUAAUGGAUUGACUUUAGAUUUGCGUAAUAUUAUAUAA